AUGAUUUCUAAAGCAUCUCUACAUUUCUUCAAAAGUCAGGUGAGGAACUACUUCAAGCUUAUUACUCUGAAUGGGAAGACUUAUGAAGUACCUCCUAAUUUUAGAGAGCCUGUGUAUGAUAUGGAAAAGCUCCAGAACAGUUCCAAUGUUAUUCUCAUGCGCCAUGGGAAUACUUUGUUCAAUCUCUCCUACGACCAAAUCUUUUUCGAGAAAGGAUAUGGAAAUGAGAUCCUAGAUCUCUGGCACGACGAUAGCUUCAGAGACAGCCCUCUCUCUGAUUUUGGUAUCGAGCAAUGCAAGCACACAGCCCAGUUCGCAGAGCAAUUUGAUAUUGACAUGGUCUUGAUCAGCCCAAUGAGGAGGACAUUACAGACUGCUCAUUAUUUACUCAGGAAUCAUCCUCAAAAGGACGAGAUAAAAUAUGUAGUCCAUCCUGGAAUUAGAGAGCAUGUCUACGGAUACUGUGAAAUGACUAGGAACUGGGGAGAUAAAUAUAACAGAAUAUACAAGAACCUCUUCCCAAAUCUGGAUAUCAGCUUAAUGAUGAAUCAAGACGGAACUUAUGAUGAACUAUUUUAUUCCAAAGAUUUCCAACCAGAAGUGAGUGAAAGGUUCAAAGGAAUGUCGAAAAAGACCAUAGACCACUUAAUCAUGGAAGCAGCAAGGGAUAACUUUCCAAAAGCAGCUGAAAAUCUUGAAUCCACCUGUGAUAGAACUCAACGAGUCAAAGAAUACGUAAGAAAUCACAUCCAAACAAGAAGCCCUGAAAAAGCCAACAAGAAGAUCCUCCUGAUCACCCACUGCGUAACUCUUAGGAUCUGGAUGGGAAACUGGAGUGGAAUGUCAAAACCCUACCAAGACUUCCCCAAAAACACCUAUUGGGUUUGAAACUGUGAAUUCUAUCCUGACAUUGACUACGACUAUGCCACCCCUAUCUAAGUCCCAAAUAUAUUAC